AUGGCGACCGGGGCCCGGCGAUCAUUCGCUGUGGAUGAUAGGCGGAAAUCGGGGCGCCGGGAUUAUGGCAGCCAUGACCGGAUCAUUCCCCACAUGGCCCCCGUCCCUCCCUCCCCUACCCUUCCGCUUAUAGCCCGGACCUGGAGGCUGGAGGAUGGCAGCCAUCCAGUCAGUGCUACAUCGCGGAUAAUGAUCGCGAUACGGCACUGUUGGCAAUGGCGAUUGAGCGUCGUACAUCACUGGAGCCCAGAUUGGGAGUACCUUUUCGGCAAGGCCUGGAAAGGAAGGAAGGAACAUGAAGCUCAAGUGGAUCCCACGGGACUUCACCAACGUCAGGCAGAGUGUACGGAGAAUGCGCUUCUUGGAAAUCGACUUGCCGCGAAAGAGAAGAAAGAUACUUCACACACAUCACAGAGUUACAUCCCCAACGGCUCUCCUCCACCGGCGAGUCAUCGCUGGCAUCCCUCUCGUACCAGGCCUUUCCCGGCACGUCAAGGCACUUUUGGUCAAUCAUCAAUGAUGUGUGCGGCACCCGCCCCUCGGCCCUCUCUCUGCCCGCUGCACGACGGCUCUGACAGGAGACACCUCGUUCCCGAACCGGCUCAGUACUUUGCUACGUUUCCGAAAACAAAGGGGGCCGAAGAAAUUCAAAUCAUCAAGUGGUACCUGCUCAAGGGAUUCAAUACCCUGACACGUCUUGGCCUACCCAUACACAGGAGAAGCAUUCCUGGAGAACCCCAGCAGAAGUAUUCGAAACAUGGGGGCCCGGCGACUGUGCUCGACUACUUGUCGCUGCAGAACUUCUCAAAGCGCCAACACGGCCGCGGCUAUCCGCUAAGCAUCCUCAAGAGGCGAACCAACUUCAUGGAACACCUUGAAUCCGUCAAAGGAAUGCCCUGA